GAUCAGACUACAUUGAAGUCAACUUAGUGAAAGUUUGUACGCGCAUGACUCACGGACACACGUGUUUCUGGUUUGACACGAAAAGUAACGAUAAGUCUUCACACUGACAAGAACGUUCGAACGUUGGAAAAUUUGGUGAAAUACAGCAACGACAAAUUCAAUCAAAAUGAAAAUUGUCCAUUUAGAAAGUUCUGACGAAGUUAUUUUUGACUUGGACUUGUCAAUCGCUAAGCGCUCAGGAUUGAUAAAAACAAUGAUUGAACAUUUAGGCGAGGACAACUUGAAUGAGAAUCUUCCAUUAAGCAAAAUUAAAUCUAAUAUUUUAGGAAUGGUUAUUGAAUUUGUCAUGCAUCAUAAAGAUUCUCCAAUACCAGAUAAUGCCAAAGAAGUUGAAAUGACGGAGUGGGACAAAAAUUUUUUGAAGGUUGAUAUGGAAACUUUAGUCGAUCUUAUCAACGCAGCCAAUUUUUUAGAUAUGAAAGAUUUGUUAGGCCUUGCGUGUAUACAAAUGAGAAGCUUGCUUACAGGUACUCCCGAAAAUGUGCAGAUAAAUUUAUCCAAAUUGACAAUAUAAUUUUUUUAUACCAUAGGAGCUCCAUCUCAUUGAAAGCAACCAAUAAAAACUGAUAAAAUAUCACAAUUAGUGUAUGGAAAAUUAUGGUAAUAAACCACUUGUAAAGUUUUUAUAAGUUUUUAUUGUAUUAAUCUUAAAUUAAUAAUAAAUUUAUUUUAAUAACUUGAA